AUCUUGCUCAGUGCCUGGUGACCAGGAGGAUUGGCGGGAGUACCAGGUGAACCCAGAACCCGGGCUCGCUUUGGAGACCGAAUAACUGAGUCUGGUGUGGGCUUCGGCCUGUAGUAGAGAAGCCCAGAUCGCCGGUCCUCCCAGGAGACCCCUUAGCAGCCUGGCCUUGGAAUGGCUAGAUCAGGUUCAUGCACUGAUUCAUCCAGCUAAGAUCUGUGGAAAUCCAGGUAGAAGGUGCUGAGAGCUCAAUGCUGCGUAGUCCUUAACCCAGCUCUCUGAUGCCAGGGCAGAGAUGACCUCCAUCUUGCGAAGUCCCCAAGCUCUUCAGCUCACACUAGCCCUGAUCAAGCCUGAUGCAGUUGCCCACCCACUGAUCCUGGAGGCUGUUCAUCAGCAGAUUCUGAGCAACAAGUUCCUCAUUGUACGAACGAGGGAACUGCAGUGGAAGCUGGAGGACUGCCGGAGGUUUUACCGAGAGCAUGAAGGGCGUUUUUUCUAUCAGCGGCUGGUGGAGUUCAUGACAAGUGGGCCAAUCCGAGCCUAUAUCCUUGCCCACAAAGAUGCCAUCCAACUUUGGAGGACACUGAUGGGACCCACCAGAGUAUUUCGAGCACGCUAUAUAGCCCCAGAUUCAAUUCGUGGAAGUUUGGGCCUCACUGACACCCGAAAUACUACCCAUGGCUCAGACUCCGUGGUUUCCGCCAGCAGAGAGAUUGCAGCCUUCUUCCCUGACUUCAGUGAACAGCGCUGGUAUGAGGAGGAGGAACCCCAGCUGCGGUGUGGUCCUGUGCACUACAGUCCAGAGGAAGGUAUCCACUGUGCAGCUGAAACAGGAGGCCACAAACAACCUAACAAAACCUAGGAGACCCAGCCAAGUAAAGUCCCGAGGACUGGUCGCAGUGUUCAGCCCUUCCUCCUAGGGUCAGGGAAGGUGGUCUGAAGGCACUGUCCCUGUUGGACCCCUCCAUGAGCUGGCAGGUCUAGCCGACCACAGCUCAGCUGCUGCAGUCCAGUUCUAUCUACCUCUCCUGUGGAGUACUCAUGGGUGUUCAGGAAGGAUGGUGACGCCUCUUUUUACAAAGGACUAUCCUCCUUCCUCAAGAAAGAGCCUGCCUGUUGACUAGUCAGGAAAAUGCAGUGCCUGGGUAACCAGCAUCCGACCUGGCUUCCUUAAUAAAUUCUGCUUCCGAAUGCUCCA